GGCAGGGAACGGACGCAGCCGCUUGCCCUCCUCGCUCGCGCUGCUCGCAUCUUCACCUUCGCUGUCUUUCGUGUCGUCCUCGGGAACCCAAACCUGAGCCUUCCACCGCCUCGACACAGCAAGAGGCUUCUGUCCCCCUCUCUCUCCACGCCCAGGCUGAAGAAACAAUCUGGCAAUUAACGCAAGCAGAUUCUGAGGGCAACGUGGGUGAAAGACUUGAGGUUGCUGAGAAGGGAGAUCUAUUCCUCUUGGCCUCCUCUUUACCUUCCGAGACUUUUGAAGGAGUAGAGGAGCGGGAGAUAAGGAAGAUCAGGCAGGCGGUGCAGGAGAAAGUCCCAAAGAGGAUCAUGAGGGUGCAGGGUGCCGGCAAGAGGAAGAGGAGAAAGGAGGAGGACGAGGAGGAAAAUAAGGAGCAUGUGAGAAGCAAGUGGCGAUUCUCCUCUUCGAGUUUGCCCGCCGGAAGACACCUGGCGGCGCCCCUCCUGCUGUUGCUGCUGCUACUUGUUGCAGAGAGCCACGCAGAGGCUACUACCAGAUCGAGACGCCGCGGCCUGGAGAGCUACACCGAGAUGCUACAUGGCAUUGACCCAGCAGGAGGCGGCAGCGGCGACGACAGAGGCGUGGGAGGAGGAAGUGGUGGAGGCGGAGUCAGUGAGGAAGUUAAAGGCACUGAUGGACUUGUGGGAGACGGAGUUGGAGUUGAAAUUGGCGGACUGGGAGGAGGAGGACCCGGAGGAGGAGUACCCGGCGGUGUAGCAGGAGGGGAGGGUCAAUGUAUGCCUUUCACCACGGGGAGAGGGGAAGCAGCGCCCUGGACCCCCGCAAGACUUAUCUCAACCCUAGGAACGCCCCCUCAGACUCUUGCCCGAGGGAUGAGGCGGCCAUAGCGAGAAUGGGUCGAACGUGUCUCAGGAAAUGCAGCAACGAUGGUGACUGUCUGAGCAGGCGCAAGGUGUGUCUGUGUGACGGAGUGUGUGGCCUCAGCUGCAUCAAGCCAGACAAGGAGUGCGUGGAUUUGGACAACCCUCCUAAUGGUUUUGUGGACGUGAAAGGGAAAGUAGUGGGCUCUGUGGCUACCUACAGUUGCAAAGAGGGUUACCAUCUUAUAGGACAGGUCACUCGACACUGCCAAGCCAACGGGAUCUGGACCUCCGCGCCUCCUGAGUGUAGAGAAAACCUAUACUGCACGGACCCGCCCAUCAUCCCCAAUGCGCGCCACAACGGGAAGGAGGGCCAGACGCGCUUCGAAGUGAACCAGAAACUCCAGUUCUCUUGCUACGAAGGCUACACCACCAGAGGGUUCUUCGAGGCCAAGUGUCUUCUGUACAACAAUACCAUGCAGUGGUUUGGCCCAGAGAUUGAGUGUGAACCCAAGACGUGCGGGGACCCUGGCGACAUCUUGAACGGCUUUAAGGAAGGGAACUGUUUCACCUUCUCCUGCCGCGUCACUUACAACUGCCGGCCGGGCUUCGAACUGGUGGGGCCCAAGAAUUACUACUGCCAGCACGACGGAACCUGGAGGCCGAGGGAACUGCCAGUGUGCUCCCCCGUGCAAUGUGAGAUCCCAGAGAACCCCGAGAACGGCAAGGCAAUCUUCAUAGCGGUCUCGUACAACGCUGUGGUGUCCUAUGAGUGCGAGUACGGCUUCAUGAUCGUGGGCUCGCCAACUCGCCGCUGCGGACCGGACAAAAAGUGGAGUGGCAUCGAACCCAAGUGCAAACGUAUCGACUGUGGGCAUCCAGGUCACCUGUCGAACGGGUGGCUGGAAAACAUCGACCAGGGCACGGCUCUCGGCUCCUCCAUCAUCUUUCGCUGUUUCGCCAACAUGAGCAUUGUGGGCGACCAGUCCACCGUGUGCCAGGCCGAUGGCUCCUGGAGCAAGCCGCUGCCCAUGUGUUUGGCACCGUGCAUCGUGCCCAACAUUGAGUACGGCAGACUGCGCAACGAGACUCGCUCCGGCAUGCAGGUGACACACGGCCAGACAAUUGACGUGCAGUGUAAUGAGAACUUCGAGUUAGCGUACAGUCAGGCGCCCUCACUCUGCUACAAUGGCACCUGGACUAACUUCCCGCGCUGCCAGCCAGCCCGGUGCAAGAGGCUGCCGGAGAGGCCUCGCCACGGCAUGGUCAUCGCACCUAAGACAGACCACGGUAGGAUGGCUCGGUUCCGCUGCAAGGACGGUUAUGUGCUUGAAGGGAACUAUACCACCACUAGAUGUCAUUACGGUAACUGGACCAACCCAACCCCGAAGUGCCGAGAAGUAUACUGUCCAUUCCCGGGCGAGCUGGAGAACGGGCGGGUGCUUCUAGUGGGUAAUAUGGGAAUGUACGACUACAGAUCCUACGUGAAGAAGGUGAGAAACAACCGCCAGCUGAGGUUCUCGUGUAAUCGUGGUUUCUUCUUGGUGGAGGGGCCGCCGGGAGCCACAUGUGUGCACGGCAGCUGGAGCCCCAAGGAAAUGCCGAGAUGUGACCCCGAUCUACACCCGAGACUACGUUGGGUAAAGAGAUCACUGAACGAGGAGCAGUUGACCCCGACCACUGAGCUGCCCGUCCUCGAGGGUCCCUUCCUGGAGGACGAGACCAGCGAGGAGGACGAGGACGACGAGGACGAGGCCGAGGAGGAGGAAGAAGAGGAAAAGGAAGAGAAGGAAAUGGAGGAGAACGAGGUGAAUAUGAUAAGCGGUAAUAAUGAACUGGAGGGAGGAAGUGACAGUGGGAGAUCGAAACUCAUCAGCGACGAGGUGAAGACGACGAUGGCAACGACGGGCGGCGCCAGGUGGAGGAAAAUACUGCUGACGGGAACUAGUACCAGCACAAGCACAAGCACCAGCACCAGCACCGUCACCCCACGCCCCCUCCCGACUGACAACCCUAGCCGCCCCCUCUACCCCUCCACUCUUCUAUUCGGCGUUCUCAACUCCAAAGCAGAAGAGGACGGUCGCGUGAAGGCUUCCCUCGGAAGGACGCUACGUGGCCCCCUAGCGGACUAUUUCAAGGUUAUGACGGACAAUACGGACCCCACAACGCCCUCCCCGUCAGCGCCUGUCAAGCGAGUACCCAGGAAUGCGGUAGAUAAGAAGAGGAAGAGGAGGAACAAGUGGAAGAAGAAGGGCAAGCGAGACUCCCCAACACCCGUGCCUCACUGUGAUCCGAUAGCCAGCCAGCCGUACCUUCGCGUGGAGGUGGCACGGCGCGGCAGGGACAGCAACUACACAUACUCAGCCGGGGCGCGCAUCAAGGUGACGUGCCUGCAUGGGUAUGGCCUCAACAUCGGUAACAGGACGGCCAAGUGUGCACGACGAGGAAAGUGGAAGCCGAAGAAACCAGAAUGUGUGACGUUGCCUUGCUCCGUGCCCAAGACACCCCACGGCCAGUUCGAGUUCAACGGCAUGACGCUUCAGUCCCGAGAGAUCAUCAACCACAGUGAGGUAGUGAAGUUCUCCUGCCAGAGUGGUUACACCGUGGUGGGCUCAGAUGCCAUGCGCUGCUGGUACGGCGCCUGGGCUGUGACGGGCAAGACGCCGGAGUGUGUGGCCAACAACUGUGAACUGCCAGACCUCAGCCACGGGAAGUACAAGAGCGGGUACAAGAAAGGCCUCACGAUUAUUCACGGUGCCUCCAUCCCCUACACCUGUGACGAAGGUUUCCUCAUGAGCGCCCAAGACGUCUCCUGCUACUUGGGAAUGCUCAAGCCCGCGCCCCCAGCAUGUAUCCGCCCCGUGCGAACCCCGACCAAGCCCAAGAUGGUGGAGAAGGUUCUGCCCCACGCCGUGCCGCCACCUGGCCCCAUUAAGAAGGAUUCAUCUCCCUCAGAGAUGAUUAAGGGCAUCGUCGAGAACAGCAUUAGCAACAGGCUGACGUGCGGCGCGCCUGUGGUGGUGCCUGACUCACAAGGAUUCCUGAUGGACCAACCAAUCAGUGACGAAUGGACGUACCAGGACGGCGCAGAGGUCACAUUCACCUGCAAGACAAACAACAUCGGCGUCAAGACAACCUGGACAGUGACUUGUGUGAACGGGACGUGGCUAGGGGGUCGAUCGCUCACCACCUGCGGGGCUGACGGGGCUGACAGCACUGCCGCCACGCACUUUCCGCCCGAGGAAGAAGAGAUCGUGGACUGGGGAACGAGACCUUGCAAGUGGGAGAAGUCAGAGCCCAAAGUGGUGACCUUCUUUGAUGACGAGGAAAUAACCGAGGAGACGAUUUUUCAGCCAGGAGAAGAGUUGGUGUCUCGCUGUGUCGAUAUUGGGAAGUACUCGCUCACGGGCUCAAACAGAAGGAGGUGCAAGGACGGGACGUGGACUGGAGACAAGCCGAUUUGUGAAGGAUUGAGCCAGGAAAAUGAUUACUCUUUGGACAAACCCCCGACGAUUCUGUUCCGCCACGACCAAGGCCCCAUCGCCCAGAGCAACGACGGCAAGCUAGUAGUGUUCCCCGGCACAGUGCUCCACCUUGAGUGUCUCUUCAAGAGGAGGCAUGGAACACCCAAAUGGAACGUUUCCCUCUCCAGCACUCUCCUCCGCGGCAAGAAGAGGAGAAGGAAGGGCAGCAAGAAGGGCAUGAAGGGAGGAGGAAAGCGGAGAACUGGAGACACAUUAGUUCCUUACCCGAACGGCUGGGCUAACGCGCCUGGGAGGAACAUGCAGCUUGAGUACAGACUGACCAUCUCCAAGGCCCAACCUAAGGACAGCGGGUCUUAUGCUUGCACGACCCCGCUGGGAUUCAAACACGUGGUGACCGUCGAUAUUAGAGCUGUCUACUGCCCGGACAUGGAAAACCUUAACUUCACGGAGACCAACCCGUUACUCGUGUAUGAACCACUUAACGAAAACAAACUGUCCACCAUUAUCAGCUUCUCAUGCGUGCCGGGUUACUCUUUAGUGGGUGCCUCCAAGAUUAAAUGCUUACCCUCAGGAAACUGGUCGGCGCCCAUACCUGACUGUGAAAGUGAGCGUUCUCCUCCUCCUUCUCCGUUGGACAAAUGCACGCCGCCAAAGCCUCCUGAAAACGGCGUCUUUAUGGGGAAGAGCAUGCCGCCUUACCACGCCGGGGACAUGGUGGACGUGAAGUGCAACCAGAGCUACAUGAUGGAAGGCAAGCAGAGACUCGUGUGUCAGGAGGACGGCCAGUGGUCAGCUGAGGUGCCUAAGUGUAUACUCGCCUGCACCUACCCCGGCACCAUCAUAUCGGGCACCAUGAGCUCCAUCAAGUUCUACUACCCGAUCAACGACAACAUCACCUACACGUGCAGCGAUGGCUUUAAGUUGGACGGGGCGCGCUCUAUCGUAUGUCUGGAGGGCGGCAGGUGGUCGGCGCAGGUCCCUACGUGCCUGCCAGUCGAAUGAGGCAAAGCUACCUCCAACAGUAUACAAGAGGACGGGACCACCUCAUCGAACUCGUCUUUUUACUUAACGCAUCACAGAAAAUGAAGUUAUUUAGAGGGUGACUAAAUUAAUGUCUCCUGAUCAAUUUAUGAAGCUCCUGGUUGACAUAUAAGAUCAGUGUCUAUUUUUUUUCUCAAUACUGAAUAUGAACUCUUUCUCGUCGCGUAACACAUAAAAUGAAGUGAUCAAAAGGGGUACUAAAGUAACGUCUUUUGGUCAAUUUACAGAGCUCCAAACCGAUAUCCAGGAAUAAGACAAACAUAUCUUUUUACCUAAUCGUGAGCUAGUUAUUUCCUUCACGCAUCGCAGGAAAUGGAGUCAUAAGAAGGAGGAAGAAUACACAAACUCUAUACUGACAUAUCAAAGCAACAUCUCUCUUCCCUUGCAAAGAAAUGGUCUUUCUCUUCGGGCGUCACAGAAAAAAAAACAUAGAAAGGACUAAAACAAUAUCACAUGAUAAACGUAAAUUCUCAUUCGACAUGUAAAACCAUUAUCUCUUCUUGAACGCAAUCUUUAUAUGAAAUCGAACUCGUGUAUUUCCUCUGCACAUAACAGAAAACGAAGUCAAGAAAGGGGACACUUUAAAACAAGCUUCUAAUUGAUUAAUAUAAUGAAUAUGUUCUCUUCCCAUUCAUUGAGCACGAAAUCGAGGCAAUCGCCAACAAUCCUACAUCACACUCCUCAUUCCAGUAGAAAGAGAAAAUCAAACGCUGUAAAGAGAAAAUUCUCAACUGCAAUCGAUCUCCGCGCUUAUACCAAGACGAUGGAGGAGGAUUAAAAACUAUUAUCAAAGGAUACGAGGAUUUGGAGCUUAAAGAAACUGACGAUGCCGAGAGAGAGAGAGAGAGAGAGAGAGAGAGAGAGAGAGAGAGAGAGAGAAUGUGUUUUAUCACGUAAUCACUCACCGUACUGCAACAUAUCACAAUACAGUAUCACUACGUAAUGCUCACACACUAAGACUGCAAUAAGAAGGCGCCCCCUCGCCCCACUGCUCUCUCUCCUGUCCUCUCGCCCUUGUGAAUGCAGAGAAGGGGCUUCUGAUACCCUUACCGAGAGAGAGAGAGAGAGAGAGAGAGAGAGAGAGUGGGGUGCAUUGAGGACGCUUAUCACUAAACAGGCGCGGGUCAUGGUCGGUUAGAAUAAUUGGACAGGCCGGCGCCUCACCCUUGACAUAUCACGAUGUUCUCAAGCUACGUAUGUUGUCUCAUGCAAAGUGACGCACGUUUCGUACUGGCAAGCAAAUAUUACAGAUAACGAACCUACCGCCUUUAGUACUACAGACACAGCAAAUUAAGGAUGUAUUGAUGGACACGCAUGCACCUUAGAAAAUGGAAAGCUAUUUGAUAAUUAAGAGGUAGGGACUAUAUAUAUAUAUAUGAGGAGAGGGAUAAGUGGUCUGUUGUUAUACACUGUGCAAGAUAUACUACCCACGUGCCCAAAAUAAUUAUGCACAAGUCUCUAAUGUGAUCUGAAGGCUGGGCUCAACUUGGAACCUCCUCCUCGCGUUGCCUCACUCCCCGUCACAUCCUCCCAGGAAACAGUGGCGAGGGGGCGCGAUGGAGGCAAGCAAGAUUCAUUGUGAUAACACUGAAGACUGACUGAGACCACAGCUUCCACUCAACUACCGUCACUUCACCCACUCCCUCGAACCUGAAGGAGACGGAGCAGGAGUAGGAGUAAAAGAAGAGAGGGAGCUUUAAGAGUGUCCCUCAUUACGCCUCCAGCACCUCCUUCAGGCCAUAUGCAUCUUAUAGCCUUUAGAACGAUGUUAUCACUAUUGUCAUCUCACACUUUCCGUUUUUCUUUCUCGUCUCGAAUCGAAGUGAAGAGUUUUAUCCUAUAAUUACUACUAGCUUUACUCAAUUGACUGUUGAUGUAUUACGACUUUCUGGAGUCUAUUAAUUAACGUCUACGAGUAUCUAUGAACAAAAAAAAAUUUAUGAUGAUGUACUUUUAGCAUUGCUCACAACUGUACUUUCCACUCCUAGCACUUUUAACACUUCUAUGUCUCUCCUGUGCUGUCUGUGGACGUGUCUUAAGUCUGCUGCUGUUCAUUCUUCGCUCCUCAGACCCGUGCAUCGCUCAUUACGAUCAGGAUGGAUAGGAAUGAACAGAGAGAGGAUGUGGAUAUGAUGAGAAAGAGUGUGGAAGGACGAAAGAAGAAGAGAUAGUGAAAACAAUUGACUUAAUCCGAUUUUUCACCACUCAAACUAUAAGAAAAGAAUAGGAAAGGAGAAAAGGGAAAUUGAUCUAAUCCUGGCUAAUGUUGAUUCAAAUUGACGUAACUUUCAUCCUCACUCUUCAGAAAUGAAAGCCAAACUUCCAUUCUCUCGAAAACUUGCUCUGUAUUGGGUUUGGUCUCCUUUCAGCUUAGAGUGAGAGGCUUCAACACUUCUCCUAAAAACAAGACAAGUGUUUGAUAUAUGCAAAUGAAGCUUAUCUAUAUUACAUGGAGAGAAUACUAUAAUAACAGAUAAUCCCUUCUCCUUCUUCUCCUCCAUAGUAUUUCUGUUCCUCCUCCUCCUAAGUCCUUUUCAAUGUCGAUACCGGGAUCUCUUCUUCGUCCUGUCCUUUCUUCUAGCUGUCGUGUGUCGUCAUUCAGUGUCUGUUCUCUACUAUAUCCUCGUUGAAUCAUUAGCAUUAAGGAGGCAAUGGGGUCCUGGCUGGCGACAAAACUCCGCUAAACUUGAACGAAAAAAAAAGAGAGAGAAAAGAAUAUAUAUAAUGCCACAUUUUAACUUAUGGUGUCCCGUACUAUGCACCUUCCCCCCCCUCUACUCACCACCACGGCUCCUCCUCCUCCUCCUCCUCCUCCUCCUAUUCCUUCUUUUUUGUCCAAUGAAGAAAAGCUACUACUUACCAUACUCCUAAUUCUAUCCUUCCUCGGCUUUUUUGUCUUCAAUUCUCUUUCUUUCUCCCUCUUUUCAUUAACCAUAUCAUAUUUCUCUUUUUAUUCUUACUUGAUAACUACGAACAGUGUCUGCACAUACGACACACACACACACACACACACACACACACUCUUGGGUUGGAGUAUUCGUGUUAGCUACUAGAAUACAGUAUUUAAUCAUAUUCAGCAGCUGGAAAUCAGUGCUCUCAUGUAUAUUGGAAUGUUUAGGAAGAUAUUCGUAUUCUCUUUAUUAGCUGACAAAUAACCUCAUCAGAAAUAACAGAGGCUUUGCUCAUUACAUGUCUAGUUUCCUGAGUGGACAUGCAGGCAAUAAGUCUGCCUCGGCUUCCACUGUGUUUAACGUCUUCCUUCAAUCUCAUGUCCUUUGAUUACCUUGGAACCUUUAAAUUCUCAGAUUUUGUAAGGUGACAGGCAGCAUAUCGGAGAACUUACGGUUGAGAUGACGCGGUUAAGUUAGUGGGAAAAAAAUAAGGCACGUGAAUAUUUUUUUGAGUAUGACUGUACCUGAUGCCGCUUCUAAAUAUCAAAGUACAGAAUCUUAGAAUCUCAAAGGAUGUGAAAUGCGCUUUCUAUGACGAAUAACUAAGGGCGUAUAGUAGUAAAGAUUGUUUGUCGUCAGAAUUGUUCAUAAGGACAAAAGUUUGUACGAGUUUAUGAAAACGUAAAGCGCAAGAUUUGAAGCGCGAAUUUGUAAUAUUGACUUUAAGCAGUGCUGUAAAUUAUGCAUUUUAAUGAGUCACCUCAUUAAAUUUGUUUAUGCUUCUAUCUAUGUAAUUGCGUCAUUAAGGAGGCUGUCGAAAUGAUAAUAGUGUAUAAAAGCGACUAUGGCUGACCUGUGUAGUGUGCAUUAGAAAAAUAACGAGCAUUACAUAGUUAUAUAUCAUUGUUACAUAGUUUUGUGUUUUUAUCUCUAUGAUGGCAUCUAAAUUAAUCACGGAAUAUAAAUUCAUUACGUCACCUAGAUCAAUAGUUUAAAAGUAUUUCAUAAUUCCAAAUGAGAAGUAGCUCCAUCAAAGUAGCUUAUAAUAAUGUUAAAGAAUAUUGCAGUAUAUAAAAUAUAUGAAGUAAAGUAAAGAGAUAGAGUAAAAGAGAAGGUUUAUGAAGAUGAGGAAUCGUGCUCUUCACGUGUUUAUCCCUUUAGUAACUUUCUUCAACUAAAUUAUUCAUGUAUGCAAUCACGAGUAGUCAUGAAGUAUCCGUGUUUAAGAUCGUAUUCCAUGUUCGUGUUCCAAUACACAACUCGAAUUCACUCCAUCACUAACACACACACACACACACACACACACACAAGAAGCAAGAUGUGCCUUAAGUUGAGAUGUAUACAAAUGUUGUUACUUCUGCCACCACCCACUCGAAGAACAAAAAGACUCUUCAUCACCUUCCUAAUUUCCUUCUAUUUCACACUAAUUGGUUCAUGUCACGGGUACUUAUUUCUAUCCGGGGAGCCAAUAACACACACACACACACACACACACACACACACACACACACACACACACACACACAUACUACGUCACACUUAUUUUUUCUUCCUUAUUAAGAAAAAAAACAGAUUUUUCUACAUUUUUUCUCUUUUUAUUCUUCUGUCUGUAUUUCCAUCAGUCUCCUUCGCAAGACACAGAAGGAGAGAGGUAGUGGUGGUGGUGGUGGUGGUGUAAGGGCACAGUAUAACUCUGAGAAAAGGACCCGUUUCUCCCUUAUCCUUUAUCCCUCCUUCCCUUUCUCCCCUCCAGAAGAGAGAGAGAGAGAGAGAGAGAGAGAGAGAGAGAGAGAGAGAGAGAGAGAAAGGGAGGAGGAGUAACAAGGUCCCAUCACACACACGGGUGACAAAGUCUUCCACAGUGGUCAGCCGGGCUCCCAUUUUCUGUAUAUACUGUACACUUGGCGUCGCCCUCAGCGGCCGGGCAAUAAAUGAAUCCACGACA